AUGGGUGAAUACGAAGGUUUUGAAGAUCUAUUGGAUAGCGAGUUCGAAUUUUCUGUAAAGAAUGAAACACCAGAUGGAAAAAAAUGCUAUACUGAAACUGGUGUUACUGAUUCGCACUUAACUUCAAAAACUGGCGCCUUGAAUUCGAGGUCUUUUCUAUCUACGUUAAGCGAUGAUUCGUUGAUUGAAUAUGUCAAUCAACUGUCCCAAACUAAUAAAAAAAAUCACAGUCUAACAACUGGUACCCCCAGAUUUACCAUUGAGAAGGCUGGCUGUGAUAACUUACAUGCUGAUCUUGGUAGUAGCAAAGAUUCACCCAUUGCUCAUCGAGUUAUCGAAACUCAAGAAAAUGGUGACGAUAAUGAAGAUAUUAAAAAAAAUGCUCUCUAUACCAGAGAGACCUAUUUCCAGGACAAAGCGCAAGCGCAGAACCUGCAAGACCAAAUAUUAAGAGAUCAGUAUAAAGAUCGAACUUCUAGUCAAAGCAAUAAGAUAUUCAAAAAUUGUGUCAUCUAUAUAAAUGGCUACACGAAGCCUGGAAGGUUGCAACUACAUGAGAUGAUAGUUUUACAUGGCGGAAUGUUUUUGCACUACUUGUCUGCAAAGAAAACAGUUACUCACAUAGUAGCUUCCAAUUUACCACUAAGGAAAAGGAUUGAGUUUGCAAAUUACAAAGUAGUUACUCCAGAAUGGAUAACAGAUAGUAUCAAAAAAGAAAGGUUAGCGCCUUGGCAAAAUUACUCGUUAACAGCCAAAUUUGAUGAACAGCAAAAAAAAAUAGAUAAUUGUAAAACGGUGAAUUCCAUACCAUCUCCAUCAAAGGCCAGCAUAGAUAGAAAACCCGCACAUGUUGAUGCGGCAUUACUGCCAGUAGAACAGCCAUCAUUAACAGAAUUUCCUAAUUUGGAGUCAAAAAAGAUAGUCGCUUGCGAUGAUCCGAAUUUUCUUGCUUCAUAUUUUGCUCAUUCAAGGUUACACCAUCUCUCUGAAUGGAAAGCCAACCUGAAAAAUAAGUUUCUGAAUGAAAACAUUAACAAGUAUACCAAGGUUACCAAUAGCGAUACAUAUACUAUUUUCCAUAUUGAUUUUGACUGUUUUUUCGCAACUGUCGCAUACUUAUGCAGAAGUGCUUGUUUCUCCGCAUGUGAUUUCAAAAAAGAUCCUAUAGUGGUGUGUCAUGGUACUAAAAACUCAGAUAUAGCGAGUUGCAACUAUGUGGCAAGGUCAUUCGGAAUUAAAAAUGGGAUGUGGGUAUCUCAAGCAGAGAAAAUGUUGCCAAAGGGAAUCAAACUAACAUCUUUACCGUACAACUUUGAACAGUUUCAAUCAAAAUCCGAAAUAUUCUACAAUACUCUCAAAAAAAUGAACCUAUUUAACUUGAUUUUACCCAUAUCCAUUGAUGAAGUUGUCUGUGUAAGGGUUAUCACAGAUGAAAUCCACAACAUUAAAAAACCAAAUGCGAAAGUGUGUGAAGAAAUACGCCAAAACAUCUUUCAAGAAACGAAUGGUUGCACAGUGAGCAUUGGAUGUUCCGAUUCUCUUGUGUUAGCCAGACUUGCUCUCAGAAUGGCAAAACCAAAUGGUUACAAUAUUACCUUUAAAAGUGAUAUACCAGAAAAAUUCUGGUCUAAUUUCAAACUGGAUGAUCUACCUGGGGUCGGGCACUCUAUUCUUUCAAGAUUAGAAUCAACGUUCAACAACCCGCAUUCUUUAGAUGAUCUAAAAAAAAGGUAUACUCUGGAUACUUUAAAGGCAAACGUAGGUUCCAAGUUAGGCAUGAAGAUACAUCUCGCAUUACAAGGCCAAGAUGAUGAAGAAAGCUUGAAGAUACUAUUCGAACCCGAAAAAGUCUUACAGAGGAAGUCAUUAUCAAUCGAUAUCAACUGGGGCAUCAGGUUUGAAAAUAUAACUCAGGUGGAUGUAUUCAUAGAAAGAGGCUGUCGAUACCUUUUGAAGAAAUUGAAUGAAAUCAACAAAACAACGUCACAAAUAUCACUAAAACUGAUGAGAAGAUGUAAAGAUGCCCCCAUUGAACCUCCGAAGUAUAUGGGCAUGGGAAGAUGUGAAUCAUUCAGUCGUGGUAGUAGAUUAGGUAUUCCGACAGACGAAUUCGGAAUCAUUGCUACUGAAAUGAAAAGCUUAUAUCGAAGUUUGGGUUGUCCACCAAAGGAAUUGAGAGGUCUUGCUUUACAAUUUAACAAAUUAGUUGAUGUUAGUUCGGACAAUCAGCUGAAAUUGAGGUUACCAUUCAAAACAAUAGUGACGAAUAAAGCAUUUGAAGACCUACCAGAAGAUGUGAAAAAUGACAUUAAUAAUGAGUUUGAUAAAAGAAACUAUGUGAGAAGUGGAUCUGGAUUGAAUUCAAAUUCAUUGAGCGCAAAGAAGAGAAGCACUUUUUUGAGAAAAUCAAACGUAAAUGAUCUGCCUAGUACCAUGGAAGAACAAUUUAUGAAUGAACUGCCGACUCAGGUUCGAGCAGAAGUAAGGCAUGAUUUGAGAAUUCAGAAAAAAAUUCAACAGACCAAGCUAGGAAAUUUACAAGAAAAAAUAAAAAGAAGAGAAGAAAACAUGAAGAAUGAGAAGAAUCAUUUCAUGGGCCGCAAUAGUAUCUUUCAACCAACCAAAUUUCAGAAUUUGACACGAUUCAAAGAGAUUUGUCAAUUAGUGACACAAUGGGUCACCGAAACUUUAGGCGACGGGGGGCCACAUGAGAAAGAUGUUAAAUUAUUCGUGAAGUAUUUAAUUAAACUUUGUGACUCUAAUAGAGUCCAUUUAGUACUUUAUUUAUCAAAUCUUAUAUCAAGGGAAUUGAAUCUUCGUGCCUUUUCAAACCAGGAUCAUUCAGGCUUCCAAACGUGGGAAAGAAUCUUACUCAAUGAUAUAAUUCCACUGCUAAACAGAAAUAAACAUACAUUUCAAACAGUGCGUAAACUUGACAUGGACUUUGAAAUUUAA